AUUUUAUUUAUGGGGAUGGUUUAAUCAGCGGCGCAAUAUAGCCAGUCGGGGAAGAGUAUCUCAAAUUAUGAGAAAAAAUCAGAUGAGGAUUGCAGGCCAAUUCGUUCAUUUCUAGUUCAACGAUCGUUCUCCUCCUUCAUCGAUUCUCGUCGUCCUCUUCUCAGACUGUCGGUACCUUUUUGUGAAGCGUAUGGAGUUUAGUUAAUUCAGGGUCAAUUUUUGGUGAAAGAGCUUGGCAACCUGAGAAAGAAGAGAUGUAUCGAGUUCGAAAAAUUCCAUCAUUGGUUGAUCUUUGUGUUAACAAAGCUAUAGAUAAUCUAAGGUUCCUUGGGGAUGUUGGCGAAACUGAUAUACAUCUUUUAGACCGUAUUUUGCCACAUUGUACAGUUGACCAAUUAAUGCAUGUGGAGAAGAGUUCAGAAGGAAGAGAUCUGACUCCAAUAACUGAUAAAUUGUGGAAAAAAUUCUAUGAAAGACAGUUUGGUAAAGAAAGUACCACUACUGUAAUCGAGAGGAUGCGGCAAAAAAGAGUGGCAUUUAGAUGGAUUCAAUUGUAUGAGGCGAAGAUGAAAGACAUUGAAAAGAAUGAGAGCAAAGCUGCAGAUCGCAUAAAACAAAGCUACCAAAAGGAAAAUGCCCGAAAACAAAGUCGUCAAAUACAAAUUUGCAGUAAGGUUCCCCCUUCGAGCAAUAAGAGAAGCUUUGGAGGAAGCGUAUAUGGCUACAAUGUGGCGAACACUAAGAACAAGAUACUGAAGAAGGCAAAGAUAGAAGUGCUUCAGAGUCAAGAGAUGAAAAAUAUAAAGGCAUGGCGGAGAAAUGCGGUGCAGAAGAGCUCCGAUAUUCCUUCCACAAAGAAGCCAAUGUUUUCUGGAAGGGAAUCUGCUUCAACUUCGAAAAAUACUUCCACUCAAAUGGCCAAAAGAUGGUAGCACAUCCAUUAGCUUUUUUUUCUUCUUCGUCUUUUUCUUAAUAACUAAAUGCAAGUAUCUUUUCUCUUACUCAGCUCCAAGGCUGUAUCUUAUCUUCAAUUUAGUUAUUUCAUGGUUUGAUAAUUGCUCCUUUCCCCUCCAUCCCUGGACACUUCUGAAAAGCCAUGUCCUGUGUAUAACUUUAUAAUUCGUAGUUGCUUUCUCUUAUAAUGCAAGGUUGAGGUUGAUUAUUUUACA